CGCCCGCCGCUCGACCGCCAUGUUGGAGCGUCGCGAGAGAGCGGGAGCGCGCCUGUGAGGAGCGUGGAACGCGCCCGCGAGGGGAGCAGUGACUCGGAGGGGUAGGAGGUGCGGACGCCGGCCGACUGAGGGACGCGCAUCUGUCGGGAUUUUAAAACACCUCGUCUCGGCUCUUAAACCUGAAAAAAGGCGGAGAGACAGCGGAAUUUGCGGCAGAAAAGAUUAAAAUAUUUCAAGAAUUGCCUACUACACGGAAUAUGACAGACACCUAGCGCCAACCAAAGGCAUGGCAGCAGCGUACCUGGACCCCAACCUUAACCACACGCUGGCUUCAGGGGCCAAGUCCCGGCUCAGCAUGGGGCCCGAGCGCUCGCCGGGAGCCCUGGACCGGGUGCUCAAAGUCUUCCACUACUUUGAGAGCAACAGCGAGCCCAGUACCUGGGCCAGUAACAUCCGCCAUGGUGACGCCACUGAUGUCAGGGGAAUAAUACAGAAGAUAGUGGACAUCCACAAAGUGAGGUCUGUAUCCUGCUUCGGCUUGCGCCUCAGCCACGUGAAGACAGGAGAGGUGCACUGGCUUCACCCAGACAUGGGUGUGUCCCAUGUGCGGGAAAAGUAUGAGCUGAACCACCCUCAGGAGGAGUGGAGGUAUGAGCUACGCAUUCGCUAUUUGCCAAAAGGAUACUUGAACCAGUUCAUUGAAGACAAACCAACACUAAAUUACUUCUAUCAACAGGUAAGAAAUGACUACAUGUUGGAAAAAGCAGACGAAGUGGAUCAAGACAUUGCACUUAAGUUAGGCUGCCUUGAGAUCCGGAGAUUUUUUAGAGAGAUGAGAGGGAAUGCUCUGGACAAAAAGUCAAACUAUGAAUUAUUGGAAAAAGAUGUUGGGUUGAGAAGAUUCUUUCCCAAGAGCUUGUUGGACUCUGUUAAGGCAAAAACACUGCGAAAGCUGAUCCAGCAGACCUUCAAACAGUUUGCCAACUUGAAUGACGAGCAGAGCAUCCUCAAGUUCUUUGAAGUGCUGUCACCAGUUUACAGAUUUGAUAAAGAGUAUUUUAAAUGUGCUCUUGGGCUAAGCUGGGUCAUCUCUGUGGAGCUGGCUAUUGGGCCUGAGGAGGGGAUCAGCUACCUGACGGACAAGGGCUCUACCCCAACCCACCUAGCAAACUUCAACCAGGUGCAGACCAUUCAGUAUUCUUGCACGGAAGACAAGGAGCGCAAGGGAAUGCUACAGCUGAAUGUGGCAGGGGCCUCAGAGCCACUUACAGUGACAACGCCGUCUCUGAACACAGCAGAGAACAUGGCCGACCUCAUAGACGGCUACUGCCGCCUAGUCAACGGCGCCACCCAGUCCUUCAUCAUUCGACCGCAGAAAGAGGGGGAGAGAGCCCUGCCUUCAAUCCCAAAGCUUGCCAACAACGAGAAGCGGCUGGAGGGGAUUCGAUCUGGUGUCCGGGCGAUCUCUGUGUCUGAGGAAAUUAGUGGGGACGAGACAGACGAUUAUGCAGAAAUUAUAGACGAGGAGGAUACCUACACCAUGCCCUCCAAAAGCUAUGGAUUAGAAGAAGCCAGAGACUAUGAGAUCCAGCGGGACAGAAUGGAACUGGGCCGCUGCAUUGGCGAGGGGCAGUUUGGGGAUGUCCAUCAAGGGGUCUACGUGAGCCCGGAUAAUUCCUCUAUGUCUGUGGCAAUCAAAACUUGCAAGAACUGCACAUCUGACAGUGUCAGAGAGAAGUUCCUACAGGAAGCCUUAACCAUGCGUCAGUUCGACCACCCACACAUAGUGAAGCUGAUUGGAGUUAUCACGGAGAACCCUGUAUGGAUCAUCAUGGAACUGUGUACUCUCGGAGAGCUUCGGUCCUUUUUGCAAGUAAGAAAAUACAGCCUUGACUUGGCAUCACUGAUUCUAUUUGCCUACCAGCUAAGUACAGCUCUGGCCUAUUUGGAAAGCAAACGGUUUGUACAUAGGGAUAUAGCAGCUAGGAAUGUCCUGGUGUCUUCAACAGACUGUGUGAAACUUGGAGACUUUGGGCUUUCUCGAUACAUGGAGGACAGCUCUUACUACAAAGCCUCUAAAGGGAAACUGCCCAUAAAAUGGAUGGCUCCAGAAUCAAUCAACUUCAGACGCUUUACCUCAGCCAGCGAUGUAUGGAUGUUUGGUGUUUGUAUGUGGGAGAUCCUCAUGUACGGAGUGAAACCCUUUCAGGGGGUGAAGAACAAUGAUGUUAUCGGCAGAAUAGAGAACGGUGAGAGGCUGGCCAUGCCACACAACUGCCCCCCUACCCUCUACAGCCUGAUGACCAAGUGCUGGGCAUAUGACCCCAGCAAGAGGCCACGCUUCACGGAACUCAAAGCACAGCUCUGCACCAUCCUGGAGGAAGAGAAAGCCCAGCAGGAGGAGAGGAUCCGCAUGGAGAUGAGGCGCCAGGUCACUGUGUCCUGGGACUCCGGUGGCUCUGAUGAGGCACCGCCUAAGGUUUGGUCACGGGAAGCUAUCUGUGAGAGAGCGCUUAAGCCCAGCAGACCUGGAUACCCCAGCCCCCGUUCCAGUGAAGGCUUCUAUCCCAGUCCUCAGCAUGCUGGCCAGCACAAUCACUACCAGGUGACAGGAUACCCAGGUCCUCAUAGCAUGUCGCCCAUGCCCAGUGGGUUCCAGCCCCAGGCUUCAGUCCUUGACUCCCACGAUUCCUGGAACCACCAUCGGCCACAGGAUGUCCCCAUGUGGUCACCUAGCGUGGAAGAUGGGGGGCCCAUGGACUUACGGGGAAUGGGCCAGGGGCUACCCCCUCACCUGAUGGAGGAACGACUGAUGCUCCAACAACAGCAGAUGGAGGAGGACCAACGGUGGCUGGAGCAGGAGGAGCGCUUCUUGAAACCAGAAUCAAGAAACUCCAGGGGCAGCAUCGACCGCGAAGAUGGUAAUCUCCAGGGGCCGACAGGAAACCAGCACAUAUACCAGCCUGUCGGCAAACCAGAACAUGUGGCUCCCCCAAAGAAGCCCCCCCGUCCUGGUGCGCCCAGCCACUUGGGCAGCCUGGCCAGUCUGAAUCCUGUAGACAGCUACAAUGAAGGAGUGAAGCCCUGGAGGAUCCAGCCCCAGGAGAUCAGCCCCCCACCCACAGCUAAUCUGGACCGCUCCAAUGACAAGGUGUAUGAAAAUGUGACGGGACUGGUGAAGGCUGUCAUUGAGAUGUCCAGCAAGAUCCAGCCAGCUCCUCCUGAGGAGUAUGUGCCAAUGGUGAAGGAAGUGGGACUGGCCCUCAGGACCCUGUUGGCCACUGUGGAUGAGACCAUCCCCAUACUGCCAGCCAGCACACACAGAGAGAUUGAGAUGGCUCAGAAGCUGCUGAACUCCGACCUCGCGGAGCUCAUCAACAAGAUGAAGCUUGCGCAGCAGUAUGUCAUGACCAGCUUGCAGCAGGACUACAAGAAGCAAAUGCUGACAGCCGCUCAUGCGUUGGCUGUGGAUGCCAAGAACCUGCUGGACGUCAUUGACCAGGCACGUCUUAAGAUGAUCAACCAGCCCCGACCUCAUUAGUCCCAGCCAGGGGUUGGGAUCAGAAAAGGGGUUCCAUUGUGAGACUGGGAGCUUUGCUGUUGAACUCAGCUGCCUUUGAGCAGGCCACACUAGCACACGUGGAACUGGCACCCCUGCACCAGGACUAUAAUGUGAGGGCAUCACUAAGGUUUGCUGUCCUCAUUCUUUGAAGACUUUUUUUUUUAUAGACUUAUCAUUCUGCUUUCAAGUCCCAGGACCUGUGAAUACCAGUUACAAACUCUUCCUUUUGUUUGGCUACGCCUUCAGUUUGUGCUGACUGUUUUCUUUUUUUUUUUUGUAUCCAGACAUAGUCCAGUUCUGAGUUCCCCAAUAGGGAUAUUCUACAGAUCUGGGAAAAAAGCAACUGGAACCUGUAAAGAAAUCCUACCUAUAGUUAUGAGAGUUCUGGGAAACCCAUAGGUUGAGAAUUCUUCACGGUAAUCACUAUACAGUUUACUUUUGUGUAUCAUUGUAAUGGUCAAUAAACUUAUCCCAACAUUCAAUGAAGGAUCAUAAAUAUAUAUUUUGGAGUUUCACAGCAUUUUUUUCCCCAAGUGAAAUAUAGGCUUAGGGAAACCUUCUGAAGCAAUGAAUAAACUGACCAUGGAAAAGUACUCAAUUUUGUCUUUUUUGACUUAGAAAUCUUUUUUUGUAGAUAUGAACAAUUUCAAGCUACAAAAUGUUACAUUGUCAAAGGUAUUGCUUAGUGGGGGGAUCCAUGAAUAGGUCAGCACCAAAGACUGAUUUUUGUACUCAUGUCAUACUUAAUUCUGUCCCACAUUCAUCUUAGCAGGGUGGUUAAAAAUAGACUUCAGUUUUACAUGGUGAGUCUACUCAGUCACCUACCUUUGGGUAUAAAUUAUUCUCAGGAAGAAUUAAAUGUACAGUUCCUUUAACUAAUAAAAGGAUUUAUCAUUAUUUUGGUCUCUGAAAGUAUUAUUACGGAUGCAUACAAUUUCAAUGGUGUGAAGACUAGGACCACGGUGGUAGGAGGUGGAGGUGGGUUCAGUUUCCAGCAGUGAUGUCACCCUACUGAAUUACCUCCCAUUUCCCAGUAUGAAAAGAUUUGUUUAGCAAUUGGAGGCAGUCUGGACUGCCUCAUACUGCUACAGGACUGAACUUGACAGGAAUUGUAGGGAAAACUAGUUCCCUCUGACCUAGAAGAUGCUUCAGCUGUUCACUGAACUCCCACCUGCCCCAGGGUAUACUGGUUUACACUAUAUAAGCUGAAAGUGGGUAAUAACAUGUAAAACAUUUUUAAAAUACAUGUCAAACGAGACAUGCGAAAAUGAAAUGCAUAUAAUUGACAUAAGUGCUCAACUGGAUGAAGAAUUGCUUUACCUCGAUUUCAAACAAAAGGAAUUCACACUCAAGC